CUUCUGCCUUUUUGGGAUAUUCCAUAUUAUCCUCUUGCAUCUCGAGAAAAAUACCACGGCGCAAAUCUCAACCCCGCCAUGCCCCUCCUCCACGCGGGCUCCGCCCUGCUAGUACUGCUCCUAAUACUCCCGCAAGUACACGCCUUUGGAGCUGGAAAUAUCGCCUCUAUCUCCGCCGUCGAAGGCAAGAACUGGCGCCAUGGUGAUAUCGAAGAUGUCCUCAAGACGCUGGCUUUCAUCUCCGGUCACAAAUGGACCUCCACCAUGAUCAAGCGUGUCUAUUUUGGCAACUGGUUGCGUGAUUACUCUCAGGCAAUGGAUGUUGGAACUCUUAAAAAUCUGCAGGCCGAUACGAUCCGUGUUUUGGUGUGGGUCCUUUCGUUCCUGAGCUUCGGCUAUGCCACGGGUGAAUUCGAGGUGACUUCGGAUCGAUUGGGUGUUUACCGUCCAGAGGAACAUAUCGAUAACCCCAAGGACUAUGCCGACAAUGAAGAUGCGCGCCAAUAUGACAAGCGGUUGCGCCCACCCGUUCGUGCUGUCGAGCUCGAAAUCGACCCGAACACCGGUAUGAAGAACUAUAUCGCCAAUGAGCGAGGCGACUGGGCCACCAGCGCUGCCUUUAUCAAGUUCAGUCUUAGCCGCAGUAUCCACUUUGGACGGACCUACACCAAUGGCGGACACAAGAAGGGCAACGAGGAGGACUUGUGUGAAGCACUCCGGUGCCUAGGCCAGGGACUACACACGCUGGAGGAUUUCGCCGCACACACCAACUAUGUCGAGUUAGUGCUGCGUGAGAUGGGUUUCAAGAACGUAUUUCCGCACACGGGUACUGCCACUCAAAUCAACCUUCAUGGACAUCACGUUUUCCCGCUUGUGACUGGAACCUUUGGUAUGGUCGAUUUCUUCCAUUCUGUGAUGGGAGAAGCAAAUGAUCAUUUCACUCAAUCCGAGGUCAACGAGAUGGAUAUUGCGCUCGGUGAUGCCGAAACGAGUGCACAGUCCAACAACUCCCUGAAUGCCUUGACUGGACUCUUGGGCAAGAUCCCCGGUACCAAGGAGCUUGUUAGUGAGGCUGAGAGUCUCAAGAGGUCGUCAGCGGCACAAGAAAUGGCCAACCGGAGCCGUAGUGCUGCGACCGGCUAUGCGCAGUCUUCUUCCAACAGCCACGAGCGGUCCCGUGCCGGGCCAACUCAGUCUUCUGGCGGUGGUUCGAAGCCUAAUUCUGGGCUCGAUGGCAUGCCUGAUUUCAACCCCCAGGAGACAGUAGCCAAGAUCUAUCCCAUCCUGGCCUUCAGAGAUAAGGUGAUGCGAAGCUUGAACUCGAUCAUUGAAAAGAUCCCAGGCUUGGAGUCACUCGUCGAGAAGAUCUCCGAGACUUUAACCGUUGUCAUCAUGUCACUCCUAGCGCCUUUCGUUCGACCUUUGAUCAAAGCUGCUUCCAAGUCCAUGCAAGCCGGAUCAGCAGGUGUUAUUGAUGCCUCUGGCAAGCACCAGUACGAACCAUGGACUGAUCCUCACUGCACAGACCCCACCCACUCGUUGCUCUCCAAGGACCACUUUGCCAACAUUCUGAAUGAGCCCGCCGGACGGGUCGCCUCCGCAAUCGUGGAGUACAUCGCGCCUCGCGUUCUGUACGCUUGGCAACACCCCGAUGUCCCCGAAGACGAAGUCCUCAAUGACUGCAUGCACGUCUUCCACCACCCAGCAUUGCGCAACAUGCGCAAUGAUGCCCAUCGUGCAAUGUUCGAGGCCGUCGAGAAAUGGGCGCAUGCCCGCUCAGACCGCGGUGCUUCCCUUGACUCCAUCCUCAGCUCGGAGGGCGUGAGAACCGGUCGUAACACUGGUGGAGUGAGCCACACUCACAGCGGUGGUCAUGGUGGAUUCGCGGCAUUGGGUGGUGCCUCGCACAGCCAAAAGCAAAGUCACAGCCAAAGCCAAAGCCACGGACACAGUAACAAUGGCGGGCAUUCAUCUGGUGGAUUGUCUUCAUUCCUCUCCCAACAAACUCAGCAUCAUACCCACCAACAACACUCCAGCAGCAGCUCCUCUGGCAUGCCCUGGGACAAGCUAUCCAGUAUUCCCGGCUUGUCUAACCUGGGCAAACUCGAAAGCAAAAUCUCCAACUUCAUCCCUGGCGGCUUGUCACGAGAUGCAAAUGACCAAGGAUAUCAACAGCACCAGCACAGCUCAUACCAGAGCCACGAGGUAGGUGGUAGGCACGAGCCUCAACAAGGUCACGGCUACCAGCAUAAUCAACAUCAUGAACAGCAUUAUGGAGGCUCGCACCCGCACGGUCCCCACCAUGGUCCGCCACAUGGUUCCCAUCCGGGUUCGCAUGGUGGAUCUGGACAGGGCUAUGGACAUGAACAUAGUCACGGGUAUGGACACGGUCAUCCGGGCUUCUAA